AUGGUCUUCAAAACCCUCAUCAACGGCGCGCGCAAGCUUGCGCUCGGCGAGGCCAGCGUCCCUGCCACGGAGCUCUUCGCCAAGACGGAUCCGACCGUCGACGGCGACGAGUGCGAGCACGACUGCGAGAGCUGCCACGUCAAGUACCCCAAGGGCUUCAAGAUCGAUGAGGGCGACGAGCUGUACGGGCACGUCAAGGGGUGGGCGACGCACGCGCUCGUGGCGACGGGGAAGAGCGACUGGGUAAGGGACGUGGCGGACGAGAAGGGCAGCGUGAUGGAGGCGAUUGGGAGGGCUGCUGCGCCUAGUAAUGGGAAACUGAUGCUCUCUGCCUCCAACAUCCCCACGCCGACACACCACAACGACUACGCCGAGCCCACGACCGUCCUCCUCCUCCCCGCCUUCGUCAUCAUCGACCACGUCACCCCGAAGCGCGUGCCGGAGCUCAUCACCGAGUUCGUCGACAAGGCGCCCACGAACACGGACCCGCUCGCGCCGCUGGCCCUGCCGGCCUCCGUCCCCGUCGCAUCCACAAACGGCACCGAGACCGGCGACGCUUCCUCUCUGGCGAUCCCCCCGCAGAUGUCCCGCCGCCCGUGUCCGCACAGCGCGCUCAUCCUGCUCUGCUCGCAGAAGACGCGCGACGCGCGCUGCGGGCAGUCGGCGCCGCUGCUGCGCAAGGAGCUCGAGCGCCACCUGCGCCCGCUGGGCCUGUUUCGCGACAUGGACGACGAGAGGCCUGGCGGGGUGGGGAUUUACUUCAUCAGUCACGUGGGCGGGCAUAAGUACAGUGCGAACGUGAUGGUGUACCGGCGGCCGGACGCGUUUGGGCUGGACGAUGUGGAGAGGGCGAAGGGGGAGGAGAUUAAGGUGACGCCGAAGGUGGUGCUGCCGGAAGAGGAGGACGUGGGGGCGGCGCAGUGUAUUUGGCUGGCGAGGGUGAAGCCGGAGGACUGUGAAAAUUUGGUGCGGUAUACGAUUUUGCAGGGGAAGGUUGUGAAGCCGGAGACGCAGUUGAGGGGCGGGUUUGAUCGGGCCAAGGGGUUGAUGAGUUGGUAG